UUCAACAUAUAAAAAUUCAUAACGAACGAAGUAGUUAAACGAAUCAAAAUGCGCUCAAUCGUAGUUCUAUUAUUAAUUUUCGCAAUUUCUGUUGCACCUGCAGUAUUACCCCAAGAUGAAAGUUUAGUUGAUAUAUCCACAGAGGGACCAGUAGAUGAAGUAACUGAACUGAAUCAAAAUACUGUAACUGAACAAAAUAGCAAUAAUAAUAAUGAAGACAAUCAGGGCGCUAAUAAUAAUAUAGACGCAAGUACAGAUGGAUCUGUAACCGAAGAAAAUACAGGAAAUGGUGGUGUUCAAACUGAUGUUCCUUCUGGAGAUAACCAAGUAAAUGGUGAUAAUGGAGGAUCGGGAUCUGGACCAAUUGAAAAUGCUGAAAAUAGCGGUUCAGGUAACAGCCAAGGCAAUGCUGGUUCUAACAAUGGCAACGCCAACAACAAUAAUGCAAAUGAAGCUCCAAAUAAUGAAGGAUCUGGCAAUGGAAAUGUUGAUAACCAAGGAAGCGCCAGUAACAAUGUAGAUGUAGUAGGAAAUAAUGAUGGAUCUAAUAAUGGUCAAAAUGAUAAUGCAAAUAAUGGAGAAAACAACGUAAAUGUUGAUAAUGGUUCAGAAACUAACCAAGACAAUGGUGCCUCAGGUAGUGGAAAUUCUAAUACCCAAGGAAACACCGGUAACAAUGACGCGGCUGCAGUAGGAAAUAACGAUGCAUCUAACAAUGUUCAAAACGAAAACGCUAAUAAUGGAGGCAACAACGUAAAUGUUGAUAAUGGUUCAGAAAAUAACCAAAAUAAUGGAGCUUCUGGUAGUGAAAAUUCUAAUACCCAAGGAAACACCGGUAACAAUGAUGCAGCUGAAGUAGGAAAUAACGAUGUAUCUAACAAUGGUCAAAACGAUAACGCCAAUAAUGGAGACAACAACGUAAAUGUUGAUAAUGGUUCAGAAACUAACCAAGAUAAUGGCGCCUCUGGCAGUGGAAAUUCUAACAACCAAGGAAACACCGGUAACAAUGAAGCUGCUGCAGUAGUAGAUAACGAUGCAUCUAAUAAUAGUCAAAACGGUAACGCUAAUAAUGGAGACAACAACGUAAAUAUUGACAAUGGUGCAGAAACUAACCAAGCUAACGGUGCCUCUGAUAGUGGAAAUUCCAAUAACGAAGGAAACACCGGUAACAAUGAUGCAGCUGAAGUAGGAAAUAACGAUGCAUCUAACAAUGGUCAAAACGAUAACGCUAAUAAUGGAGACAACAACGUAAAUGUUGAUAAUGGUUCAGAAAAUAAACAAGAUAGUGGAAACGGACAAAGUGAUAACACAGAUGAUAAUAAUAUUUCCAAUACAUCAAACGAGGAUAAUGAUAUUGAAGAAAAUAAUGAUAAUACCAAUGAAAUUGUGGACACUGUAGAAGAAACCGAUAAGAAUUCCAAUGAAAAAGAUGAGGACGCUAACGAAAUUGUAGACACUAAAGAAGAAACCGAUAAAAAUUCUAAUGAAAAAGCUGACAAUAUUAACGAAAAUGAUAAAAACAACGAAAACAACAGUAACGAAAACGAAAACAAUUCCAAUGAAGAUAAAAACAACGAGAACGAAAACAAUUCCAAUGAAGAUAAAAACAACGAGAACGAAAACAAUUCCAAUGAAGAUAAAAACAACUCCAAUAAUCAAGAUGAUAAUAACACCAAGGAAACUGUGGACACAAAAGAAGAAACCGAUAAAAAUUCCAAUGAAAAAGAUGAAGAUACUAAUGAAGAAAAUGACGAUCAGAAAUCAUCAGAAAAAAGUUCUAAAGAGGAAUUAGAAAAUGCCAAACAACAAUGGUUAAAUAUUUUAAAACAGAUAAUAGCACGAAGACAGGCACAUAUUGAUAAUUUGCUAUCCAAGAAGGGAAUAAAAGUAAGCUGCGACCAACAAAUCUGCAGACUUACAUGUGUUGUAAAUGGUAAACAUUCCGGAUACUGCAGAAGAAAUAGCUGUAACUGCGUAUAAAACUGUAAUUAAUACUUUCAAAUGUUUUAAAUGGUUAAAGAAAUAAAUGUUUAUAAAGAAGUUA